AUGCAUGAACGCACACAAAAUUCAAUUAAAUUAAUUGCUGGUAAUUCACAUCCUGAGCUUUGCGAGUCAAUAGCACAAAGGUUGAGUUUAUCUAUUGCCAAAAUUGGUGCCUUUCAGUAUACUAAUCAAGAAACAGCUGUGGCAAUUGGAGAAUCUGUCCGUGAUGAAGAUGUUUAUAUUAUACAAACAGGAUGUGGGGAAGAACAAAUCAAUGACUUUCUAAUGGAAUUGCUUAUGAUUAUAAAUGCUUGCCGUGUUGCCAGUGCGAGAAGAAUUACUGCAGUCAUUCCAAGUUUCCCUUACGCAAGACAAGAUAAGAAGGACAAAAGUAGAGCCCCAAUAACUGCCAAGCUAGUUGCAAACUUGUUACAAACAGCUGGAUGUGAUCAUGUGAUAACUAUGGAUUUACAUGCAUCUCAGAUUCAGGGGUUCUUCAGAGUUCCAGUAGACAACCUUUAUGCUGAGCCAUCUGUAUUAAGAUACAUCAAAGAGAAUUAUAAACAAUCAGAUAUAAUAAUGGUAUCUCCUGAUGCUGGAGGUGCGAAAAGAGUGGCUUCUUUGGCUGAUAAAUUGGAUGUCCAAUUUGCCUUAAUUCAUAAAGAGAGACAAAAGGCAAAUGAAGUCUCAAAGAUGGUUUUGGUUGGUGAUGUUACAGACAAGAUUUGUCUUUUGAUUGACGAUAUGGCCGAUACUUGUGGGACCUUGUGUAAAGCAGCAGAUGUGUUAUUGGAGAGUAAAGCCAGGAAAGUUGUUUGUAUGAUUACACAUGGGAUAUUCUCUGGGAAUGCCAUUGAACGCUUGAACAAUUCUAAACUAGAAAAAGUUGUUUGCACAAAUUCGUUGCCAGUACAAGAUAAGUUAAACAGAUGCAACAAAAUUGAAAUGUUGGAUAUAAGUUCUACGUUGGCUGAAGCAAUCAGAAGGUUGCAUAAUGGUGAAAGUGUUAGUUACUUGUUUAAUAAUGUGCCAGAAUAG